CAUAUCCUAUUCCUACGUGCUCUCCAACCCCACGCCCGACCUCAGCGGCGACUUCGACGUCGACCAGCCGCCCAUCGCGCAAACGCCCCAUGCCUCCCCCCGCCUGCUCAGUGCCCAGGAGCUCGGCCGACGACGCCACAAACGCCGACAAGUAUAGCGCGCCGUGCGCCGCGGCCGUGCCCUUGAUCUCCUCGAUCUGGUCGUGCGUUAGCGCGAAGGACGCGAUCAGCGGAGACGGAGGUGGAGGCCCCUGCGGUGUCACUACGCCGACGCCUCGAAGAUCGGCAUGGUGUUGGCCGGCUUUAGGUCGGCGCGGGAGAUCCCAUCGGCGGCAAGCGACGCGCGCGCCGGCAACGCAGCAGCCUGGUCCGAGUAGUGGCGUAGGCGGGUGAGCGCGUUCUUGUGAGGAGUGGAUCGCUGGAGAACAACCUGCUCCGUUUUUCAAUCGCGUCCUGGUAAAGCAAUCGAUCGCCGGAGAAGGAAGUGCUCUAUUCUUCAAUCUUGUACCCAAUUCUGAAGUUUGAUUUCUGCAAUCUUGUACGUAAUUCUGAAGUUUGCUUUUCUCCUGCUAUCUUCCCCAUGAAAUGGCUCAAUGGAAUUGAUGGAAUCAGGAACAUCAUAUUGCUUUCAAGUUGAUCAACCUCUGCCCUUUAUUCAUGGAAGAAGCAGCCGAGUGAGGACGACCUGCUCUCUUCUCUAUCUGGUAUAUUGUCCGGUUUGGUACCUCAUGUUGGCAUGGAAUUUAAAAAUUCAGAUGAAGCUUGAGCAUUUUGGCUUAUCUAUGGUCGUAAAAAGGGCUUUGGGGUCAGGAAAAGGUGCACGAACAAGAGAUCCGCCGAUGGCAAGGUUACUUCAUGCCAAUUUAUUUGUGCAAGGAAAUGGAAUGCUUAAUCUCUUUUGCCAAACAAAAUUCAGUUAUCCUUAUCAAGUCUGAAAAUGUACAAGUAGCAAGUGGAAUGCUACAGAGACAUGGCCUAAUUCAGUUAACAAGUUUGAAAACUAGAUUCAGUUAUCAGCUAAUCGGCCUGCAGCGGUGCGGAAACGACGGCGUGGUUCAGCCGACCACCACCAUGGAGAUGGGUGUGCAGGUGCUCGACAUGAGGUUGCUGCGUGCGUACGCCGAGCUGUCCACCACGGGCGGUGACUCGAGGAGGCCGACCAACUGGACGCCCUUAGACCCGCAUGAAGGACGGAGCCCAUGUAGCGCGCGUGGCCUGUAUCCUGAACGCUGCCGACCACAGGGGCUCCCGCUGCACGUGCUGCCAUGUAUCCUGGCCGCCUCCGGCCAGGGUGCUCCCUCUGCGUGUUGCUCUGUAUCCCGGCCGCCGCCGACCACGGGGGCUCCCGCUGCACGUGUUGCUCUGUGCCCACGGCUCCUUUUGCGAACGAAUGGCGACGGCGAGGAUGCGCCGAGAGCUUGUUCGACCACGGCGGAGAAGGGGAAUUCCAGGGGAACAAGGAGAUAUCCAUUUUGUUCUUUUCUGUGUUUAUUGUGGGCUGCUGACGGGCCGAAGCGUCGCUUCUUUUCAUUGCGAGUGAAUGCUUCUGCCAUCGGAUGGCUUACUAACGGGGUAUACGCACAUCACGUCCCUCUGCAGUAGGCUGAGCUACGUUGGAGGAUCUCGACCCGUAUAGAUAGGUGAGAGAGCUUUGAGAUUGCUAUACGGCUGUAUAGUUUGGUCCAUUCAGCAAAAAAAAUUGGACUUCUGUAGUGUUGUACAUAUGCAAAAACUUUUGAAGGUGCGUGUCAUCAACUUAUGGAUUCCUUUUUACUGCACCUCUUGUCCAUUUUUGUUGGUCAUAUAAAUCUUAAGGGCAGUCUAUUUGUGCAGCAAUGAACUUUCAUAAAUUAAUAAUUUGAUCCUUUAUCGUAAUACUAUCAAGUAUCAACUUAUAUUUUCAUGAAAUUAUAAGAUUUAUUAUCCUUCCAUGUAGUAAUAAACCAGUAAUUAUAGCCUAUUUAAGCUCGAGAUGAUAAUGAUAUUGAAAUUAGGAGUUCAUAAUGGUUUGGAGAUUUUCAUUUUUUUUUUCAGUUUCAUACACAUUAAGGAGCAUCAUGGUCAUGUUAGCUACUAUUGGAUUUUGUUGUUUCUCACUAAGAGCAAUUCGACUUAUAAUCCCAAUGUUAUGUUAAUUCCCAGACGAUUAAAAACUGGGUAUGUGCUUUAUUGUGAAAGUUCACAAGAGAAGCAUGCUGUUUGAAAUAACAGGUUGCAAAUACCUUCAUGGCUUUGGACCUUGCCAUCGGAGGAUUAACACUAAAUGCCCACAAAUGAACUACAUUGCCAAGGACCUUCAGCUUAUGAGUAAGCGUGGUUCCACCAUUAGUGGUUUGUGCAUCUGAUUUGUCUGUUAGUGAGUUCUGUGACUGGUUUCAUGUGUACCUGACAUUGCUUGGUACAGCUGUAGGGGCGAGGAUGUCAUAUUGAUGCAUCUUGAUGGUUUGUUUCUAUAUGAACUAGCAAUCUUUUGUUUCUUAAAUGUACAAACUGAUAUCUCAGAACUCUGAUAAAAUUAUGUCAUUUGAUCAGCUCAUGUGGAACCUACUAAUUUUCAUUGUCUCUAUACACACACUUGCAUAUAUUUUUUCCCCAGUGGCCCAUUCGUAGGUACCAACUAGAAGAAAAUAAGAUUGAAAGUAUGUUUCUCUUGAUUGAAAAUAUUAUACCUCAAAUUUAGUUUAUUUUAGAUUCAAUGAUGACUGAAUAACACGUGAAUUAAGUUAUGCAGUUUCAGAGGUCAUGAUUGUGAUAGAUGACAAGCGUUUUGUCUACAUGAUGACCAUCUAUAUGGUACCAUGGUUGCCGGCGAGGUGUUGUGAUGGCGUCCGCUUCCGAGAUGCACUAGCUGGGUCCAUAAUUUAAUUUUUUGAUGGACUGAUUUUGUAUCUAUCAAUUAAUUAUCUUUGGUAGUUGUUGCACAAUGGACGUGGGCAUGUUGAUUCAUAAAGCAAAAUAUUUCCAAUCA